AUGAAUGAUGCGCGUUAUGUUCACACCGCAUCAGUACUAAGCAAUGGAAGAGUCCUAGUUGCUGGUGGUUGUAAUACUGCUGGUGGCUAUCUGAAUAGUGCAGAAUUGUACGAUCCAUCAACAGGACUUUGGACAUAUACUGGCUAUAUGAGCUAUCUGCGUUCUCAGCACACAGCAUCCUUACUAACCAAUGGACAGGUCUUGAUUGCUGGUGGUUUUUUUUAUAGUGGCUACGGCCCUACUAGCUUUUUAAACAGUGCAGAAUUAUAUGAUCCAUUAACAGGUGUUUGGGCAAAUACGGGCAACAUGGCUGUGGCACGAAUCUAUCACACAGCAACCCUACUGAUCAAUGGCACAGUCUUAAUUACUGGUGGUUAUGGUUUUGGUGGCUUUUGGAACAGUGCAGAAUUAUAUGACCCAUCAGCAGGUGUGUGGACACUGACUGGUAGUAUGAAGGUUGCACGAGACUAUCACACAGCAACCCUACUAGCCAAUGGACAAGUCUUGGUUGCUGGUGGCACUGUUUAUAGUAGUUAUGGUUAUAGUGGUGGUUUGAAUAGUGCAGAACUAUACGAUCCAUCAACAGGUGUUUGGACAUAUACGGGGAACAUGGCGGCUAUACGAAGCUAUCACACAGCAACCCUACUAACCAAUGGAUACGUUUUGGUUGUUGGUGGCUUAGGUAUCGGUGGUUAUUUGAAUAGUGCAGAACUGUACGAUCCAUCAACAGGUGUUUGGACAAGUACUGGCAACACGAGUUUUGGACGAUACCUUCACACAGCAACCCUAUUAGACGAUGGAAAAGUACUGGUUGUUGGUGGCGUUGUUUCUAGUAGCUUUCGUCAUAGCGAUUAUUUGAAUAGUACAGAAUUGUACGAUCCGUCAACCGGUGUUUGGACAAAUGCUAGCAUCUUAAACUUUGGACGAAUGUAUCACACAGCAUCCAUACUAACAGAUGAAAAAGUCUUAGUUGCUGGUGGCUAUGAUUAUGGUGGCGCUUUGAACAGUGCAGAAUUAUAUGGAUAA